AUGUACAAUCUGCAACAACAAGGUGAAGGUGACGGCCUCACUGAAAUGUCUCCCACACAGCAGUCCUUUGUGCAGCCUGUUCUCUUGGAGAGUAUUGCUCUAGAUACCAGUACAUGGGAGCAGACGUUUCAAGGACUGAUCCAGCAGGAGAAACCUUGGGCCAAGUGGACCUUGCCGUUGGAUAAGAACAUUGUGCCACAUGGUGGGGCUCUUGGGUGAAAGCUGUACGAGCAGAGAGCACUUGGCAGGUGCCAGUGUUCCAUAUGCAACUGAAGCUGGACUUCUGUUCAAGUGAAGAUCCUGUGCCAUAUGUACUGGAAGCCCUGGAACUCUCAGGGCCAGGUACUUAUGCAGAGUUUUGCUCAGAGAUGCCAGAAGUGUUCCAGGUCUCAAUUUGAGAAUCCCAAGUUCCCCAAGAAGAGUGUCACAGGGAUUCUGAAGGAGUUGGUGGAGUAUAUUCUUGAGAGAUACCAAGGGCAUGGCUGCAGGAAGAUGCCUGAGACUAGGAAGGUACUUUUGGAGGAGAAGGUACCUUUGGAUGGGCUCCAUGACAUGGGCAAUUGUGAGGCAUGCAUCCUGGGCUACCAUGUAAGAGGCUCUGGAAAACACAAAGCAAAACCAUCCCUACCACCUUCACUAAAAACACCUAGUUACUCAUCUCAGUUUGGCAAUUUCCUUUAUGAAGAGCCUGGUGAGUCCCAAAGUCCAGCUCAAUGGAUCUUGAUUUUCUUUCUCGUCAUUUUCUUUCUUUGUGUCCUUAUUUUUGAUGCAUGUAUUAGAAAAUGGGCUCUGUCAUCUUUCAUUUUACUUCCAUGAUUAUCAGUAAACUGUCAUUUUAACAUGACAGAGAAUUUUUGAUUUGAGAUCAAGGAAGAUCAAGUUUAUGGAAUGAGGCUGGUUUCCUGGACAUUCUCUGAAAAUAGCUCAAAGCAUGACUCACAUAGUGGACCCAAUAAUAAACAUGCAUUGAAUCA